GUAAACAUAAACUGUCUACUCUUGUCCUUCACCUGAGAGGCUAAUCAACUUGGUCAAGAAAAACAGUUUCAUGGUCAACACUGAUCACCCAUAUCCUGUAAGUCCUUUAUAAUAUGUUGGAGUUCCUCUUAAUUGGAUGUCUCAUAUUUCUUUCCGUGUACUGUGCCAUUCAAUGGAUUAUUCGUUCAUCGAGAAAAGUUCUACGAGGGCCGAAGGGCUGGCCCGUCAUUGGUGUACUUUUUGAGUUUGAUCUUUUGACUUUACAUUUCAAACUCUUUGAAUGGACUAUAAUUUAUGGAGACUUUUUUGAAUUUGAAUUAUUGGGCAAGAAAUUUGUGAGUCUGAAUUCCUCUGAAAUUGUUAGAGAGACCUUUAACAAAGAACCAAAUGCAAGCAUCACUGCUGCUCGACCAUCAACCUUUUUUGGGAAAUAUCUUUUUGAUAAUUAUUCAGAUCUUGAAUUUGCUUCACCGGAUUCAGCAUGGACCAAACGUAGAAAACUAGCCUUUCAAUUGAUCAGAUCUUAUGGAGAUGGAUUAUUCUGCAUUGAAUAUCAAAUCAAGAAAGAGCUUCGAUCAGUAACGGAGGAAAUCCGAAACCUGGAUAACAAAAACGUCGAUCCAUCUGACAAAGCUGAAGAGUUCACACUAAAUACAUUGGAAGUUAUGAUCAUUGGACGAAGUUCUGGAAAAAAUGGAGAAUUGCACAAGGUUUUAAGGAAACUUGACUCUCUUAUAAACGCAACAGCCAACCAAGGAAUUGAUGUCGUGUACAGUUUCUUUCCAUUUCUUCGUUUUCUUCCUCUGAGAAUGUCAUUGAUGUUUAAAGAGGUGCACAAGACAAAACAACGUAUGCUGGACAAUCUGGAAUUAUUGUCGAAAGAGGAUACCAAAGUAAAGGGAAUUUACCACAGUCUAAUUGAUGUCAUAAAUCAGAGGGAUGAGAAUGGAAAACAGUGGUUUACAGAAGAAAAUUUAUCCAAUCUUCUCACGAAUCUUGUCGUUGCUGGUUUUCUGACAACAAGAGGGACCAUUUUAUCCUUGAUUCAACUUCUAGCGAAGAGACCAGAUCUCCAGAAGGCUUUACAAAAAGAAAUAGACAGAACGGUUGGUCCUGAUAGAGAACCAUGCCUCGCCGACAGGGAGAAAUGUUACUUAACUGAGGCUGUUGUCAUAGAAACAUUUCGUUAUAUUUCUCAUGUUCCUCUGUCCUUACUCCAUGCUACGUCACAACCGACUACUAUAGGGGGUUAUAAUAUUGAUAAGAACACAGUAAUUGUACCAAACCUUUGGACAAUUCACCAUAGUGAAAAAGAGUGGGAGGAACCAUUCAAGUUUAAACCAGAACGCUUUCUGGACGCUGAUGGCUUUUUGCUGCCUUCGAAUGACCCCAUCAAAAAAAGAGUCAUUGCUUUUGGAAUUGGAAAGAGAAGUUGUAUCGGCGAAGUGUUUGCAAGAUCACGCAUAUUUUUAUUUCUGGCGACUUUGAUGCAACAGGCAACGAUUGUCGAGCCCAAAGGGAAAUCUCUAGAAGAUCUUUUACCUCGAGAAAUGGUUCCUGGCAUAAGUCUCCAACCAAAAGCUUAUGAAGUUCGAUUUGUUCUCAGGUCGAAUUAAAAGUCAUCACAGAUAUAUAGCGUACUACCCAUUUUGAAAUUUUGAGCGAAUGUCGAUGACAUUUUCCUCUAAACUACAUCUUAAUAGUCUGCAGCUUAAAGAUGAUGAACUUUUUUCAUACAAAUCGGGAGGAGAGCAAACACUGACCUCUAAAAACAUCAGAGGUGGGAUCAGGUGCCAUGGAGGAACAAACAUCCCCUGUCGACCGGUCACACU